AUAAGAGGAAACUAAAUCAUAUCACAAUUGUUCAUGGACUAGUAUACAGAUAGCAAUAGCGUAAGUGUUCCAAAAAGCUGUUCCAUUUACUUUGUACCGCCAUCCCUCUGUUACCUCUGUACGUCAUACCAACGACCAACUCACUCCGGAUACGGUUGAAGUCAAAUACUGCCUGACUGCAGUUCGAAAGACGAAACCGACUGCACACCGACUAACGAUAUGCCAUUUGAAAUACGCUACAUCUUUAAUCGGGUUUGAAUCGGUUUAUUUGUGGUGAGUGAUUAAAAAACCGGAUACCUGGAAAGUGCACUGGAAAUUAUACACUACUUACUUGAUGUGGAUACUCGGUCAUUACUCUAGGGCUACACCAUCAAUAACUAAACAUGACUAAAUUGCGGUGGGAAUUUCUUCGAUUCUGUUUGUUGAUGGAAAUAUCCAAACUUAUUCAAGCUGAAGUUGAUGGUGUCCGGCUGCUGGGUGGGAACAAGCCAAACCAGGGUCGCCUUCAAGUUCGGUUUGAUCACGGGUCAAGCUAUCAGUACAUGUGUGCUGAAUCAUGGACCGUCGAAAACAGCAUAGUAUUAUGCCGACAACUCGGAUAUCCGGGACUCGUACGAGACUACCGAACCACUUCCGGCUUGCCAUUUGAAAGUACUUAUGAUGGCGACACGGUUUCGAACGUAGCUUCGGUCAGGUGUGGGGGAAGUGAAUAUGAUCUUGCUUCCUGUCCAAAUAACCACAGCAUAAUAUCAUGUUCCAUAGACCAAACAGUGUCGAUAAUUUGUCAUGAUUACGGAUACCUCGGCUGCUUUCGGCAACGCCCGGAGAAUUUCGGAUACGUCCCGAACUCUGUCCGAUUCAAUUAUGCCAUCACGGACAACGACGAAUGCAUUGUAAGGUGCAGAGGUGGAUAUGACUACGCCGGAAUCUCUGGGUCAUUGUGUAUCUGCACGUUUAGGUAUCCCUCAGUUGAAUUAGAUCCUAGCGGAGAUGAGCAAUGUGAUGAACUUUGUGAAACUAACUCCCUUCAAGCGUGUGGAAAUUAUGCAGAAUACGCUCAGCAACCAUUUUAUACGUUUUACAGCACUCGAGACGGAUUUUGCGAAGCCCAGUCUGCUCCUACCUCUGGGAAUAUAACCCAAUCAUAUAACCGCUAUGGUGAUGUCGUCACGUUUCGCUGCAACCCUGGCUAUGAAAUAGUUGGAAGUGAAAGUCUACAGUGCAUAAGAACAUCAGAAAACACCAGCGAAAUAAGCUGGAAUGGAGCCCCUCCAACAUGUGAAAAACCACCCCAAGUACAACCAACAUCAAUGGAAACGACAACGAUUAUGACGAUCUCCACCACUCCCAUUUUUAAAGGUUCAUCCGAUCCCUCAUUUAACCUCUCCUCACCCGGAAGUAGUUCAACCUCAAGUGUCGGAACAAGCCCAGAAGCAGCUACCAACACUCCAAGCGCAACAUCUUUAGAUGUAAAGUUCAUUGCUAUUUUAGCUGGUUUGAUCGUCAUAUCUGUAUGUUUUGCCAUCCUUAUUACAGUCUUUAUCUCCUGCUUCGUAAUCAGGCGACAUAAACGAAGAAGUGGUGACACUGUUCUUGAACUGCAACCCAUCCAGCGCCCUUCACCCCCAUCUCAUCCAGACAACGCACCCCGGCUGCGUGCUGUAAAGAACGACUACGUCAGCGAUGUGGAUCGUGGUCAUGGUAACGACCUUGCUGCCGCCAAUGACCACGACACACAAGUGCAGCAUGACUACUCCUCGUUUCACCAGCAACCAAAGUCGGCUCCGAAUCUUAAUAGAGCCAAGAAACACGGUUCAACGGAACUACUGAUUCAUGGGGGAGGUGACGAUGAGUACGCAUGCGCGUACGAGUGCGUUGACAAUACUGGAUCGGACGUCAAUAGAGGAACGAAGGUCGCCUCGUUGACACAUGAUGGAGCUAGUGGUGUCGAUUUGCGUUCAAACGAUUCCGCAACAAACAAUUUUAGCCCCACCACGACGACUGACCACGAAUACACAUACAUCGCAAACGCCCACACCCCACCUUUUCUCUCCGAAAGACGAUAUCCUGACCAUGGCCAAGAUGUGGCGUACGAGAUCCCAACGGAGUCGCCAGCUCCUCAUGUUUUUCAGGAAGUAAAGCGCCCCCAAGGGUUCAACCAGGACACGAGUCAUUAUUCGAAUGAAAACGUCAUCCAUCCUCGAUCCCGGGCCAAUCGCGACAUGAUCUGAACCAAAAUUCAAUAUCUUUAUUAAGAUGAAUCAUAUCAAAUCAUGUUGCUGGGCCAAUAUAUAGAAUUAUUAGAAAUGUUAUCAAUUUUUCAGACAAUUUUGUUUAAAUCUUACAUAUGUCAGUGCUGUUAUAAACCCCUCUUCGAAUAUUCGUCAUCGAAUAUAUUGAUGAAAGUGCUUGUUGUUGAAAUUCAUUCUCUUAUUUCAUUAUGGAUAUCCGAAUCUUUUAUCCUUUUUUUUUUCUUGCUCGGUAUAAGAAUAUGUCUUUUUCUUGAAUGCGAAAUGCACCUUUCGCGAAAAUUAAUUUGAUGUUUAUGUAUAUAUCAAAAUGUUGUUUGUGAUGGGUAUAUAUCAUUGAACUAUUUUUCAUGUUUGUAGUUACAGCUUAGAAAAAAUGAAAAUACACAUUUUAUCAUACAUGUAUGAUACAGCAUUCGAAUGAUGAGGACUAUUAUACGCAUAAUGUACUGCAGAAACAGAUUUAAUCUCAAAAGUUCUCUGUCAAUAAGAGUUUUUCUUAAUUAAACAUUUGAUAUUAAUGCCCUACGUAGUGUAUAUUGCAAUAGUUAUCAUCUGGCUAUAAUCAUGAAAAGUCGCCUGUAUUAUAGAUGUAUGAACGAUGAUUCUACAUUAUUACAGUUUGCAUAAUUUUAGUAAAGUGGGUCAAUAAUGAAAAUUAUACUCGACUAUCAGUCGAACAUUCCCAUCUUAUUCAACUCAAACACAUCUAGCGACCUCUCUCGGCAAUUUUUUUUAAAUUUUCAUUUAAAAUUGCUCUAUGAGCAUUUAUCUUACAAAUUUGGGGAUUAAAUAGCGUAGGCCACAGAUAGAGAUUACCCCCUACGUUUCCCUUUUAUUGUUCACUUCAUAAGUGUUUUAGGGUAUAGACAUUCAUAUUAUAAUCUCGUUAUGCCUUGGAAUAGUGAAAGCCAUAUUUUUGUUGUCUUACCAAAAUUAAAGACAUCAUUUUUAAUACAGAAAAAGGCAGCAGACAUUCCAACAAUCUCAGAGUUUUGAUCUCAUUCUGCAGUAGAAGGAAAUGAUGAUCCGAGCUAAAUUGUACUUCAGUAAAACGAUUCUGAAAGUUUAGUGUCAAUCCAAAGAAAUGAAAAUGAAAGAAAAGAAGCAAUCUACAUAAUAUCACGUUUAAUUACGAAUCAAUGUCACAACAUUUACAUCGCACAGCUGAUUAUUAUGGCAUUUACACAGGAUAUGCAGAAACUGCAAAACAGAUGAUAAAAGUCUGUAUUAAGUUUUGGUUAUUCCAUUGAUUAUUUGUUUUAAAAUGUUGACUUAAAUACACAUAUUGCAUAUAGUACAUGUUUCGUGAAAUUUUUUUUUGGGACUUACAAUCAACAAAACGAACAAAACAACAAAGCACUUGGUAAUCAUGAAAUAAAUGUUUUAGGAUAACGAUUUUAGAGUACAAUCUAUGUACAGAACAUCUUAAAGAUUAGUGUUCAAGGGUUCUUUCAUUGUCCACAAAAAUAUAUACAAUAAUAAUAAUAAUAUAGGAUAUUUAUAUUGCGCACAUUUCCACCUUGUUAGGUGCUCAAGGCGCUCCUAUAUUACCCGGCUAAGCUAGGCGUUCAUAGAAGGAAAUAGCUUCACCCAAAAGGAGCUGAACUUGAUCACUGCCACUCUAAUUCUAAUCCCCCUCCAAAUUAUAGAUCAGCGAAAAGUUAUGGGACUUGAGGUGGAUCUCUUAUUACAUGCAAUACCCUUUAAGUAAGUAGAGAUCAUAAUUAUUUUUUUUUUGGACGGGCAGUUACAAUAAUGACUCAAUGGAUAAUGCAUAAAUGACAGAGGCUGUGUGUGUGCAUGUUGGGGGUUCCCAAGUAAAAGUUUUUCCAAGAUUGAUCUUUCAAAGAAAAGAGAACACCACACGUAAAAACCAUUCGUUUAAAACGUAAAAAAAAACACGGAAAUUUCUUUCGCAAAAUCAGAAUUCAUGUUAUCUAUCAACCUAGACGACUGCAAGAACCUCUGUUAUUUUUUCUAACAGUUUAGGGUGGGGCAGAGAAAGACAUUACAGGGAGAGUGAGGGGGCACAAUCAGCCUCUA